GUCGCCAUUGCUGUUUAACCUGUAGACCUGCGCUGAUUAAACCCGUCAUUCUGCCUCGAAAAUGCCCAAAAACUGUGUUGUUUUUGGUUGUGCAAACCACAACUGGAAACAGGGAAAACAAAGGUCUUAUUUUGUUCUGCCAAAGCGUGCUAAAAGCCCACAGAGAAGAGACAAAUGGCUCGCAGCUUUACACCGGGAAAACGAGGACGGUUCUCACUGGAGUCCCCCAAAAUCUCGGGUCGUGUGUUCGGAUCACUUCGUUUCUGGACGACCUGUAAAGAAUCCCAUGCACCCUGAUUAUGCACCAUCCAUCUUACCUCACCUGCCACAGAGUGGAAAGAAGGCAUCCCAUAGGAUGGAGAGUUACGAGCGACAUCAACUUACAACUUCAAAGCGUGAAUCGGCAGCAGAGAACUCAAAAAGUACAAAGAAACACUGUGGGAAACGACUACCUUUUAGUGAUCCAACGGAAAGGACAAAUGAGUGUGAAAACAUUGAGCCUGCUACAAUCAAUGUUAACAUGUUGACUGAGCUGCUGAGAGAAGAGUCAACCCAGACUGAGCCUGAUCAACGACAGCAACUGAUCCAACAGCUGAACUCUGAGAUACAGGCCCUGCGACAGGACCUUUAUGAUGCUAGAGACAAGAUUGACGAACUUGAAAACAAGGUGGAGGGGGUGCGUCUUUCUGCAUCAGCUAUGAAGGGCAAUGAUACUAGAUGCAAGUUUUACACCGGUUUGCCUUGGGACACCUUCAUGAGGACUUAUUAUUUCCUGGCUCCACACGUUCGAGGGAAAACCAAAGACAGCCUUCCGUUUAUUGACCAGUUUUUCCUAACCUUGGUUCGACUACGGCUUGACCUCUCAUUUGAGCUUCUUGCUUAUCAGACUGGCCGCGGUGAAACAACAAUAAGAACCUAUUUUUGGAAAUGGCUGGAUGUGAUGUAUGCCAAGCUGGGAUUUCUUAUCCAGUGGCCUGAUCGCAAAUCAAUUUUAGAAACCCUGCCCCCAGAAUUUCGUCAGAAAUUCCCACGAAUGACGUCAAUCAUUGACUGUUUUGAGAUAUUUAUUGAGAGCCCAGGAAGUCUUUCAGCACGACAACAGACAUACUCAAACUAUAAGAAGCACACAACAGCCAAGGUGCUAAUAGCCAGCAGUUGUCUUGGGGCCAUUACGUUUUUGUCACUCGCAUGGGGUGGUAGGGUUUCAGAUGUGGAACUUGUAAGAAGAUCAGGAUUCAUAUCUCCGACUCUUCAUCACCCAGGUGAUCAGAUUCUCGCUGAUAGAGGCUUUACGCUGGAAGACGACUUUGCAACUGUAUGUGCUGCGGAACUAGUUAUACCAGCAUUCCGCUGCGAUGGUCUAACACUGGCUUGCAGGAUGGUCACUGAUGAACAUGUUUUGAGGUGUCUUACAGUUUGA